CGACUUUUCUGGCUUCCACCGAACAUUCCCCUGCCACAACUGGCAGUUGUCUGACCACGAUAGCCAACCUUCACCGCUAGAACACUCGAGACACUUUUGUUAUCCCAAGUCACUGGCACGGGCAGGACUGGGCCCAUCGGCGCGAACUCACGUGAAUCUCUCAGCGGCGACGUCAUAUCAACCUUUCACUGCUAUGGACGGUUUCGGUCAAAACUAUCCCUCUGCGCCUGAGCUAGUCGACUCUGCCACCAACCUAGCCAACACACCACAGCGUCUUGUUUCAGCAUCAUCAGGACCAGCGCAGGAGACGGAUGAUUCGAGGAAAGGAUCUAAACGCCGCAAGGUCAAUCAUGCCUGCCUCUAUUGCCGGCGCAGCCAUAUGACCUGCGAUGAGGGACGUCCGUGCCAACGAUGCAUCAAACGAGAGAUUGGGCAUCUGUGUCAUGACGAACGAAAGUCCAAAGGGUCAGACAAGCAGAGCAGCGGCUCGACCCCCGUACCUAAUGGGCAAUCUAUGACCUUCACCUCGGCAACGCAAUGGAAUAAAUCACCAUAUCUGAUCCAGCCUGAGACGUUGGGCAACGAAUUCUCCAUGCUCAGUGAUUUCCUCGAGACAUUGGACGAAGGCACUUUCUUUUCUGGUCCGACACCGCAGGGCACCACCAUAUUACCACUUCCCGUACCCCAACAAGCGCAGGUUGCGCCUGCGCAGCCGCCACCCAUCACACCCUCUGUCAUCCCUGCUGCCACAAAGACCGAACGAUUUCUCUUAACUGCCGCGGACCAGGAGUCGGGCUCACGAGACGAGCGUCUAAAUCGUGUCAUUCGCAGCAAGUACGAGGCGGGUCUCCUCAAGCCAUACAACUAUGUCAAGGGAUAUGCCCGUCUGAGUAGAUGGAUGGAUCGCAACGUAUCACAAGAAUCAAAGCAGCAGAUAUUGCAGCCGCUUUCUGUGCUGCGUCCCAAGUUCCGUGCUGUAGCACAGAGCUUGCGAGAUAUCGAUCUGGUUUUCAUCGAAGAAGCCUUCGAGCGUCUACUGUUAGACUACGAUCGCGUGUUCUCUGCGAUGGGUGUCCCUGCCUGCCUGUGGCGCCGGACUGGCGAGAUCUACAAAGGAAAUCGAGAGUUCAGUGAGCUAGUUGGGGUGAGCGGAGAGGACAUGCGGGAGGGGCGGCUUUGCAUUUACGAGCUGAUGUCUGAAGAGAGUGCGGUCAACUAUUGGGAGAAAUACGGCAACGUCGCGUUCGACUCUUCACAAAAAGCCGUUCUAACCACCUGUGUGUUGCGAUAUAAGCCAGUCUUGCCCUCGUCAAACUCGCUUCCCAAUGCGGCUUCCGAGGUAGCCAGAGCUGGAGGCGACGAGUCUCCCCCAAUGGUACAGGAAGAGGGCGACUUCAUCAAUUGUUGCUUUUCUUUCACGAUACGUCGAGAUAAGUGGGGGAUUCCAACGAUGAUUGUCGGUAAUUUUAUUCAAACCUGAAGCAUGUAUUAUACUUUGUAUCGACUAGAUAUGGCGAAUCGCGUGAUACCUUCUAACGCUCCUUGAUCGCCUCCACUGAUCACUCGCUCACAACGAUGCAGCAGCUUGCAGCUCCUCUGUGGAAGACAGCUCUUGACAAAGCUCUUGCAACAUAUCCCAAACAGACUGUCGUCCAACUCGCCUCGCUUGACCCAUCCGCCUCGAUACCCCAUGUCCGGUCUCUCGUCUUCCGCGAAUUCAUGACUACAAGUGACCCCUCGCAGCCGCUCAUCCUCUCCACCACGGAUGUGCGCACGCCCAAGACGGCGCAGAUGAUCGCCAACCCGAACGUGCAGAUUGCGUGGUACAUCCAAGGAACGCAGGAGCAGUACCGCAUCGCCGGCAAAGCACACAUCGUCCCGGCGCCCGGCGAUCUGCGCAAGCACUUCAUGCACACUAUCUCCGCGCUGGGGCUCGCGAGCGAUUACGACUGGGAGGCCAAACGGGUCGAGGCCUUCAAGAAGAUGAGCCCGCAGAUGAAGGCCAGCUGGUGUCGACCCGUCCCGGGCAGCAAGCUGGAGGGCGGGCAGGACGAGGCGAAGAAGUGGCCGACCGAGUUGCAGGAACCGAAGCCGGGCGAUGCGGAGGCUCAACGGCUGUGGGAUCUGUCGCUUUCGAACUUUGCGCUGCUCAUCGUGAACCCCACGGACGUCGACUUUGUCGAGCUGGCUCCGGUUCCCAAUCGGAGGACGCGGUUCUGGCGAGCGGCCGACGGCUGGCACGAAGAAGCGUUGGUCCCUUGA